AGGGUGCAAAUGUCAUUUAGCCUUUAAAUCAGAAAAUGCGAGGCUUCGCAGGAAUCUUUUCUAUUUUGCCUCUUUGUUUUCCCGCUCUUAUGUCCCCUCGUUUUCUCCUCCUUUCUCCUGCGGCGUUUCGUGCCCUCACCGUCUGGAGGGAAGCUUGGGCGGCGCCUGGUGAGGCUUUGUUCGCCACGAUCCGAUUCCGAGGAUCAUGAAAUUUGGAUCGAGCAUUUUUUAGGCUUUUUAGCCUUCGUUCUGUGCCGUGGUAGUCGGAUCGGCUCUCCCGUGGCCCCGGUUGUCGCCGUUUAGCGUCGGAUUAACUCAAGCAUGGCACCUCUGUUUCCUAUCUGUCCAUCCUUGUGAAGACGGGGUCUGUGGAUGUAUUACAUAAGAUCUGAAGAAGCCUGUGGAGCCAAUGAUUUCUGCCCCACGUAUCCUUUAGACAUACCAUGUUGUUUCAUUUCUGUUUAAAUCCAUCCACAUUUUGUUUCAUUGACAACUAUCCUCAGUAAAGUACAUGAUUUAGCACUCUAUCUCCUUUAUUUAUGAUUGUAUUAAAUUGUUUAAUUGUUGAUAGUUGUGAGCCAUUUUCUAAAAUUCCAUGGGUUGAUUAUGAUGGGCCAUUUUCUGAGAUUGUCUGCUAGGCCAUUGCCUUGUUGAAGGAGAUGAUUUUUUCAUUUCUUAGUUAAUGUGUGAAGCUCUGGGGAAAUUGUGAAAUUUU